CAGGUAAACACGCACACCUGUAUAGCGACUCACAUGUGUAUUGGUCAGACUUGGACACACGUGCCCUGUUGUUGGUAUACAAAUGGAUAUAUAUUUAAAACUAUGAAUUAACUUAUCACCAUGUGUUGUAAACCACAAGGAAUGAAGUACCUGUGCUAAAAUUGUUGUUAACACUCCGAUGUAACCCAGGUGUAUCGGGAUCGGGGUUUGCACACACUACUGGGAGGUGAAUGUGAUUUUACACACUAUAAGUGGAUUCGUGUUCUGUCAGGCAUGGGAUAUAACGGAGUAAUAAAAGUCGUGUGAGACAUGCAAACAGCUCAAAAUUAUUGUUUCAAAUUUGAAAGAAGAAAAUCUAAGACACUUUCGGCAGUAUGAGACUUGUAUAUCGCUACGUUAGUGCUGCCUGUGUGUUUCUGACCGUUGUGGUACUACUAGUAUACAGACAGUACGUGUGGAGAAGGAACAAAAGUUAUAGCACUGUCCAUCUGCGGAACUGGGGACCAGGAGCUGUCUUCUACAACCCUUCCGGAAACAAAACCUCCCUAAUCAAGUUCCCCUAUAAUGCUCGACCCCCGGGAGUCGGGCGCAUAAAGGAGGACCAGUGGAUGUUCCGUCUACGGAAACAGCAUAAUAUCAACAUCUAUAUCAGCGACUCCCUUCCCCUCAACAGGGAGGUACCCGACUCAAGACCUCCAGGUUGUAAGACGCUGACCUUUCCUACCAGCCUGCCGACAUUGAGUGUGGUGAUUGCCUAUCAUAAUGAGUGGCCGUCUGUCCUACUGCGGACCGUCCACAGCAUUGUCAAUCGGACACCCAAGUCCAUCCUCAAGGAAAUCAUCCUGGUGGACGACGCUAGCGAUUCAGAUAUCUACCAGAUGGAAGUUUACCAAUAUGUGCGACAGAGCUUCAGUGAAGACCUUGUUCAGAUGGUGACUUUACCAGUGCGGUCAGGACUGAUUCGAGCACGAUUGGAGGGAUUUAAACACGUUACAGGACAAACUGUUGCAUUCUUCGAUAGCCAUAUGGAGGCCAACGUUGACUGGGCACAGCCCCUGUUACAACAAAUAUUGGCGGAUGAUCGGACGAUAGCCAUGGCCCAGCUGGACUACGUAGAGAGGAAUAGUUUCAAGUAUAGGUUCACCAAGGGCUACCGAACAAGAUACGGGUUCGACUGGCGGCUCCAGUUCUUUGAGACCGAGUUCAGAAAGGACCAGCUGGCUGGCAAAUCUGAUACUGAUGUUCUCCCAGGUGUGGUGAUGGUCGGAGCUGCGUUUGUUGUUGAUGUGAAAUACUUCACAGAUAUCGGUACAUAUGAUGACGGCAUGAAGAUCUGGGGAGGCGAAAAUCUCGAGCUGUCGUGGAGGGUGUGGCUAUGUGGAGGUCGUCUUGUGCACGUGCCGUGCUCGAGGGUAGGUCACAUUGAACGUGAUCAGCCGUAUGACUUCCUUGAUGACAGGAGAAAGGUAGAACUGUACAACUAUCGGCGGGCGGUCAGUGUAUGGAUGGGAGAGUACUCCCGAUACGUAUACGGAUUCUACCCAGAUAUGAAGGGUAUUUCUGUUGGUGACUUGGACGAAAGAAUCAGACUCAAAAACAAGUUGCAGUGUCGGUCGUUUGAUUGGUUCAUGAAUAAUAUCUGGCCGGAGUUGUUCGCUUAUGAUGUCAACGUGACGUCAUCGGGAGGAGCAGGCUUGGAGAACUUCAGGCCACCUCGUUGCCUUGACAACAACUUGUACCUGUUUUCGUCCCCGGCUCCACUCCGUGUCCAAUACUGCAACUAUCACGUGAUGCAACAGAACUUCGCACUCACCACAACUAAAGAACUUCGGACGAUACUGCAGUGUGUACAUGUGAAGAGGGAAGACAUGGACUAUGUACCUUGUCUAGCAAACUGUCUGGAGGUACAGGAUAAAUGGGAACAUUCAAAGGAGGGUCUACUUGUGCACUUGACCACGCGACUCUGCAUGGCGCUACUACGUGACUCCCUCAUAUUGCGAGAUUGUAAGGCAGGGGACCCCAGCCAGACUUGGACGUUUGCCAGCCAACGCGCAGAUGGUGCUAAUGCAGCAAAUUGGUGACACAGUCGUUCACUUGAUGAUGCACCUAUUCGACUAAAUAAUUGUUCUUAGUGCUUUCCACCAAAAUGAUAGAAGACAAUGCGGUCGCAAGAGCAGAAUGGAUGCAUUUGUCAAGAUUAUUGCAAUCAGCUGCAUGUUUCAUUAUUGACACAAGGUAGUUAGGAAAUAUCUGCCUUCUUUUUUUACAGACUUGGCCAAAUAUCGGCUGUAGAUUGAGAUUAUAUGAAUAUUAUUCCAUUUUGUCAUACCUCAUUUCUCGGUUGAUUGAUAGGCAACCUGAUAUUAUGCAUACACUUAUCUUUAGCGUGCUGCAGAUAUCGUGAGAGAGAUCUGAAAAAGAGAACGCGUGCAAAAUGAUAACCCUCUGCACGUUUUAAUCACUUUAUCUACAAAACUUUCAAAUCUUUCCUAUUUUGUUUUUGUUACGUUUCGUCACUGCCGUCAUUAUCAUUUGUCAUGCACGUCAAAAACCUUUUUUGCUGUUAAUAGUGAGUCGUGAAUUUCUCGUAUGUGGAAAUGUAUAAAUUUGAUAUACAAUUUUGUUGAACAAUACGCUAUGAAUAAUGCCUGAAGUGAAAACUCUUUUUAUAAUGGUUGGGUAGCCACUCUUCAUUGUUAGGCGCUGCUGAUGUAUGGCCGUUCUUGACCAUGAACGUUCGGUAACAGAUGGAAGUCAUGGUCCCGGCAUUUUGUGUAUAGACGAAAUACAAUGUAGUUACAGACGUCUUUGACUUUAUCAGCAACAGGUACCGACACACGAUUCAGAUACAAUGUACCAAAGUGCACUAAACAGUUUCAGAUAAAAGAUAUAUACAGUUCGUAUAUCUGUAAUAAGUGCAUAUAUUUGUGACACCUGUUUUCAUGUAACCACAAUGUCAUUGUACAACACGAUAAAGGAACUACAUAUUUUACAUUCAAUCUGCCUAGGUGUUGGUUUUCCAUAAUUAUUAUCAUAUCAAACAACCCUUCAUUGUGUUAUCCAACCAUUUCAUUAUACACUCAUAAUGUUGUACCAUUGUUCCUAUAACUAUAUAAAUGUCUAUAUGGUAUUAUUUUGUAUCACUUUUUAGCUCGCGUGUUCGAAGAACAGAGAGCUAUAUAACGAUACCCCCGGCGUGAGCGUGGAAAUGUGAAAGUUUUACCUGCAAAUUAUUUAGAAGCUUGUCAUUCAUUAAAUAUGUGUAGUUGGAUGCUGAUAUUUAGCAUGAAGAUUCAUAAUGGGUAUGCUAUUGAGGUAGUGAAGUUAAAAUUAUUAAAUAAUUUCAAUUAUUUUAGACUUUCGACCAGUUGAUGUACUAAACGUUUUUGAAGCACAUCAACGUUAAAGUUUUAAUUGCAAGUUAUUUAAAAGCUUGUCAGUCAUUAAAUAUGUGUACGAGGAUGCUGAUAUUUGUCAGUCAUUAAAUAUGUGUAGGAGGAUGCUGAUAUUUGUCAGUCAUUAAAUAUGUGUACGAGGAUGCUGAUAGUUUGCAUAGAGGUUCCUGUGGGGUAAAACAUUGAUGAAGUUAAAAUUAGAAAACAAAUUCAUUUUUUGUUUUUGAGACUUUU